AAAUCAGUUGCCUGUUUGAAACUUUGUAUCCCUAGUGCUAGCGUAAUGCUAAUCCCAUUGUCUGCUCCUUUCUGCCUCUGCAGGUCAGCCAAGGUAAUGUACCAGGAGUGGAAAGUGCCUCCCUGGCCAUGGACACAGAGGAGGGAGUGGAGGUGGUGUGGAAUGAGGUGCUGUUCUCCGACAAGAAGGUCUUCAAAGCACAGGAGGAGAAGAUCAAGGAGAUGUUUGAGAACCUGAUGCAGGUCGAACACCCAAACAUUGUUAAGUUCCACAAGUACUGGCUAGACAUGAAGGAGAGCCAGGCUCGGGUUAUAUUCAUUACAGAAUACAUGUCGUCGGGCAGCCUCAAGCAAUUCCUGAAGAAAACUAAGAAGAACCACAGACUAUGA